AUGAAUCUCAUCGAGCAGGCCAAGAACUACGUGGCGGAGAAGGUUGCCAACAUGCCGAUGCCGGAGGCAACGAUAGUCGACGUCGAUCUGAAGGGCUUCGGCCUCGACGGCAUCACUCUCCUCGCCGAGAUCUCCGUCUCCAAUCCCUACUCCGUCCCGAUCCCGAUCGGCGAGAUCGCCUAUGUUGUCAAGAGCGCCGACCGGGAGCUCGCGUCCGGCACGAUCCCUGAUCUCGUAUCCCUCAAAGCCGACGAGAAGACGAUGCUCGACGUCACCGUCCAGGCGGCUCAUCAUCGAUCUGCCGCUCAUCGGAAACAUCAUGAUUCCGAUUUCGUACAAGGGCGAGAUAAAUGGGGAAGAACGCUGCCCUAA